CAGUCAGUUUCUAUACUCACAACACAGACCUCUUAAACAAUCAUAAUGUUCAAAUUGGUGGUGUUGUCUGCUCUCGUCGCCGUUGCUUUGGCUAAGCCUAGCUUAUACCAUGAGGUAGCUGCACCAGUAGUUACUAAGUCUUUUGUAACACCUGGAGCCGUAAGUAGCACUUAUAGGGAAGAUAUUAUCAGCAAGCCUGCCCAAAUUGCAUAUGCCGCUGCCCCAGCUAUCGUUGAACCAGUGGUAGCUAAAACCAUUGUAACAGAACCAGUUGCAGUAGCUGCUCCCAUCGUUACGAAGACUGUUGUGUCCCCAGCUGCCGUAAGCCAUACUUAUAGAGAAGACACUAUCCAUAAACCUGCUGCUGUUGCCUAUGCUGCCCCAGUUGUAACUAAAGCUAUUGUCGCUGAGCCCAUUGCCGUACCUACUCCAGUUGUUGCUAAGCCAGUCCUUGCAAAAACCCUUAUCGCUGAUUCAGUUGCUGUAGCUGCUCCUCUUACCACUAAGACCGUUGUUUCUCCAGCUGCUGUAAGUCAUACAUACAGAGAAGAUAUUAUUCAAAAAGCUGCCGCCGUUGCAUAUGCCGCUCCAGCCGUAGCAACUAUUGCUAAAGUUGUAGCUCCGGCUACUUACUCCCAUGCUGCACCAGCCUAUGGUUAUGCUGCCCAAAUCCCAGCUGCUUACAGUUAUGCUGCUCAGGCUCCAGUUGCUCUUAGUUACGCCAAUCAUAUCCCAGCUGCUUACAGUUACGCAGCUCAUGCUCCAGCUGCAUAUGCUUAUGCUACUCCUGCUCUUAACGCUUGGUAACGAGAGGACUGAAUAUAGAAGACUGCUGUAAAUAGGAUAAGUUAUGAACAUAAUAAACAUAUUAUCAAAAUUUCAA